UUCAUCGAAUUUGGUUGUACCAACAGUAACAAAUACUUUUUUCCUUGACAGUGCCAUUUUAAGGAAACAAUAACAUAAGAACCUUUAAUAUUAAUUGUAAUAAUAAAUAUUAUUUUUCCUUAUUUAUGCAGUAAAAAUUUGAAUUGAUGCGAAUAACAAUCAAUAUGUUAAUAAAAUAACAUUUUUUUAAUUUUACAUUCUAUAGAAGAUGUUUGGUUAGGAAAACAAUAAUAUGACGUAAGGUUUCAUACUUGCUACACGUUGGUUUGAGUAGUACUGCGAGUGUUAAUAAAAACAUGCCAGCUAAAGUGAAAAAUAAGAUACUAACAUAUGAAGGUUGCAAUUACAUUCGGUAUCGUUUGCUAUUAUCUACACUUUCGGGCAAACCCGUGCGAAUAACAGACAUUAGAAUUAAAGAUGAUGAUCCUGGGGUCAGAGAAUAUGAAGUAAGUUUCAUACGUUUAUUGGAUAAAAUUACAAAUGGAUCAAAAAUAGAAUUAAAUGAAACUGGAACUAACUUAUAUUAUAACCCUGGUUUAUUAUAUGGUGGUGAUAUAGAACAUGAUUGUAGUUUGCAACGAGGUAUUGGUUAUUAUUUAGAAGGUAUUAUGAUAUUAGCUCCAUUUUGUAAAAGAGCAAUUGAUAUAACACUUAAGGGAGUAACCAAUAAUACAACAGAUCCAUGUGUGGAUAGAAUUAAAGCAACUGCUAUACCAAUAUUAAAAAGAUUUUUAUCAGGAGAUAAUGAAGUUACACUUAAUAUUAUUAAAAGAGGAGCAGCACCUCUUGGUGGUGGACAAAUUAGUUUUAAAUGCCCUGUUAGUCGUAAUCUCAAAACUGUCCAAUUUCAGAAUAGUGGAAUGGUAAAACGAAUAAGGGGCACUGCAUGUAGCAUACGUGUUUCACCUGCUAUUGCUAAUCGAAUUGUAGAAUCCGCUAAAGGUGUUCUUCUGAAAUUCCUACCAGAUGUUUAUAUUCAUACGGAUCAUUCCAAAGGAGCAUCUAGUGGAAAAUCACCAGGUUUUGGAUUGAGCUUAUCAGCCGAAACUACCACUGAAACAGUUUAUGGUGGAGAAGCAUUUUCACCUUUAAUGACAACAGGUUCUUUACCUUGUGUGCCAGAAGAUAUUGGUAAAGAAGCAGCCAUGAAAUUGGUUGAUGAAAUUCAUAGAAAUGGAUGCAUAGACUCACCAUUUCAAAGCAUGACUGCAAUGUUUAUGGCAUUAGGUAAAAAAGAUGUUUCCAAAGUUAUAACAGGACCUCUGACACCAGCAAUGAUUCAAUUUUUACGCGAUUUAAGAGACUUUUUUGGAGUAGUUUUUAAAAUUGAACCAUAUAAAGAAGAAGAUGAAAUAUUAGAUCAAGUUAUUUUAACUUGUGUGGGUGUAGGAUAUACCAACAUAAGUAAACGAACGUUGUAAAAUACUGUACUAUAUUUAUAUUUUCUUAUAUCUAUUAAUUUUAUACUGUACAAUAAUAAAAAAAUGUGCAUUUUAUUUUUAAACAAACUCACAAGAAACACGCUAGAAAUAUUUAAAAAAU